AUGAAUGAAUAAACAAUUUCACAACGAUUCUAUGAAGAUCAAAGUAGAGAAUUAAGAGAGAAAUAUUAAAAAGCUAAAGAUGGAGGGAGUAUUGAUAUAUAUUAGCAACAUUAGGCAAUUCGUAGAAUAAUCCAAAAAGAGAUAAGGCUUAGAGAAUUUUGUUAUUAAUUAUGAUUCUUUAUUCAAUUAUACUUAUAACUUUUGUUUUGUUAUUAUAUUGGGUUAGAGAUUUCAGAUAUUUUUGCUAUGGCAUUUUGAAUGAUUUUAGCGAGUAAGGUAUUCAAUAUUCUAGCUAGGAUAAAUCAUUGGAGCUAUAUAUAUAGGAAUGAUUGGAUUAUGGUUUGUAUUAACAGGCUUUAAUGUAGUAUUGUAUGAUAUUUUGGCAGGAUAUUUGAUUCAACCUUUUUGGUUUGCACUAUUAACAGUAUCAAUAGCUAAAUUUUUGGCAAAGUAACAUUUUAAUUGAUUUCACAAUAGAUAUUUUGGAUUUCUCAUAGGGAGAUACUGUGUAAGAAAUUAUAUUUAUAUGGCUAUGAAUGAGAACAUUUAUUUCAUUACAUGUUAUUUGGCGACUGAAAGAAAACCAGUGAAAGUUAUGUAUUUAAUAUAAUUUUUGGCAAUUCCUACUAUUUUUAAAACAUAUGCUUGUGGAUUGUUCAGAAUUACACACUGGGAAUUCAUCCAUCCAACAAUAUUUGGUACUGUAGUUUGGGCAGGUUUUUGGGUAUAUAUGGGAUCAAACUUGGAAUCAUUAUCUGACCUAUUAUAAUCGGGAGACACAAGUAACUAUGUUCCAUUUUGGCUGAAAUUAGGAAUGUUUAUUACCAUAAUAUUAAUUAUUUAUUAUUUCAUCAAAUUGACUCAAUCCAUAUAUUAAGAAAUUUAGAAUGAUGCUAGUUUGGCUGAAUUAAGUCAUAUUUUAGAGAAAGAGGAAGAGGAGGAAGACAAACUUAUUCAUUAAUAAUUAGAAUCUGAUUUGUGA